UUAUUUAUUCAACUUGCUUGCAUCUCUAUCUAUCUAUCUCUCUCUACACGCAACAUUGUCGUUGGUUUUGUUGCUUAUGCUUAUGUAAUGUAAAACAACAACAAACUAAGGAUGAAUUGCGGCGUACUAGUUGUUGUGACCCAAAAUUGAGCAUUCCAAGAUUUUUAUUUUCAUUAUCCAAUUCCAUCCAUAACCAUACCAUAAAUAAAUAAUUAAAUUGCAAUCUCCCUCCCUCAAUUUAGAAGCUGAGCCUGAGAGGGAGAAAAUGGGAUCGGUAGAGGAAGAUUCAUCGCGUAGUUUGGAAGAAGCUCUUGUUCAGGAUGAAGAGAGUAAGCUUUACACAGGAGAUGGCUCCGUUGACUUUAAAGGGAGACCCGUGCUUAAGCAGAAUACUGGCAACUGGAAAGCUUGUCCAUUUAUCCUAGGCAAUGAGUGCUGUGAACGUUUGGCAUACUACGGCAUUGCAACAAAUCUUGUUACAUAUCUUACUCGCAAGCUACAUGAAGGAAAUGUCUCUGCGGCAAGACACGUCACCACUUGGCAAGGCACUUGUUACCUUGCACCUCUCAUUGGAGCAGUUCUAGCAGAUUCUUACUGGGGACGAUACUGGACAAUUGCCAUUUUCUCCAUGAUUUACUUCAUUGGAAUGGGUACAUUGACUCUUUCUGCAUCUAUUCCAGCAUUGAAGCCUGCUGAGUGUUUGGGUGCUGCAUGCCCUCCAGCUACUCCUGCACAAUAUGCUGUAUUUUUCAUUGGUCUCUACCUGAUUGCGCUUGGGACUGGUGGCAUUAAACCAUGUGUGUCCUCUUUUGGGGCAGAUCAGUUUGAUGAUACUGAUCCCCGGGAAAGGGUUAAGAAGGGAUCAUUUUUCAACUGGUUUUACUUUUCUAUCAACAUAGGAGCCCUUGUAUCAAGCAGUUUUAUUGUGUGGAUUCAAGAAAAUGCAGGCUGGGGUCUUGGAUUUGGCAUUCCUGCUUUAUUUAUGGGAUUAGCCAUCGGAAGUUUCUUUUUAGGCACACCCCUCUAUAGGUUUCAAAAACCAGGGGGAAGCCCUCUUACAAGAAUGUGCCAGGUUGUGGCAGCAUCUUUUCGGAAGCGGAAUCUGGAUGUCCCUGAGGAUAGUAGUCUCUUGUAUGAAACGGAAGACAAGAGCUCUGCAAUUGAAGGAAGUCGGAAACUAGAGCAUAGUGAUGAACUAAGGUGUCUUGACAGAGCAGCUGUAGUCUCUGAUGCUGAGAGGAAAAGUGGCGACUAUUCUAACCUUUGGAGACUUUGCACCGUGACACAGGUGGAGGAAUUGAAAAUCUUGAUCCGCAUGUUUCCAGUUUGGGCUACUGGCAUUAUUUUUUCUGCUGUCUAUGCCCAGAUGUCAACAUUGUUUGUGGAACAAGGAACUAUGAUGAACACUAGUAUUGGUUCUUUCAAAAUUCCACCAGCUUCCCUCUCAACUUUUGAUGUAAUUAGUGUUAUUUUCUGGGUCCCUGUCUAUGACAGGUUUAUAGUUCCAAUUGCAAGGAAAUUUACUGGCAAAGAAAGGGGCUUUUCGGAGUUGCAAAGAAUGGGAAUUGGCCUUUUUAUUUCAAUCCUGUGCAUGUCAGCAGCUGCUGUUUUGGAGAUUAAACGUCUGCAGAUUGCGAACGAGCUUGGGCUUGUUGAUGAACCUGUCCCUGUACCCCUUACUAUACUUUGGCAAAUCCCUCAGUAUUUCUUAUUGGGAGCAGCAGAAGUAUUCACAUUCGUGGGGCAGCUUGAGUUCUUCUAUGACCAAUCUCCAGAUGCCAUGCGAAGUUUAUGCAGUGCUUUGUCACUUCUGACUACUUCACUGGGAAAUUACUUGAGUUCUUUCAUUCUCACUGUUGUAACUUACUUCUCUACACGAGGGGGAAAUCCUGGAUGGAUUCCGGAUAAUUUGAACGGAGGUCAUCUCGAUUACUUUUUCUGGCUUUUAGCUGGACUUAGCUUCUUAAAUAUGUUGAUGUACACAGUUGUUGCCAAAAGAUACAAGAAAAAGAAGGCUUCUUGAGGCAUUUGUUAGCAGUGGAACCUCGUUUUCAUGUUUCUUUAUGUCAUUGUCAUCAUUGUUCUGUAUGUGAUAUAAUGAAUAUGCAAUUACGUAAUUUUCAUUCACUUGUAUAGGAAAAUUUGUGUUAAGCCUUGUUCAAAGAAUCAAAACAGUCCCUGCCCCAUCUCGUGAUGGCAGUUUAUGAUCCCUCUAUACAUUAUUUGUUA